AUCAACUGUGAGCUCUUUCUGGCUUUUGAGGAAGUUCUUCUGACAACUCAACUGACUCGAAACCGACUUAUCAAUUUUAGGCUACAAAUUUUGACUAGCAGUGCGUAUCGCAUAAUCAAGUAAGGAUCCCUGACGUUUUCACGCUUGUACAACGGCAAAGGAGGCGUAAACGACUUGUCGUGGAGUAGGUAAUUAGCCUUUUGGAGAUGUUUUCCGGCGCCGGUGCAGCGUCUUCUAAGCGGAGACGGACGUCAAUGUCUUCUUCCGCGAGUAAAGAAGAUGAGACGGGGGAGGAUUUGGAUUAUCAUGACGCCACUAGCAAAAGGAAACGGAUGAUGAAGCUGGAUCCUAUUGAACAAUGUCAACAUCUUUACGACAUCAUGAGGAAUCACAAGAAGGAGGAUGGUACAUUGUUGUGCGAACCGUUCAUCAGAGUUCCAAAAAGAAGACAGGAACCGUUAUACUACGAGGUUGUUAGCAAUCCAAUGGAUAUGCUUCGAAUACAGCAAAAGAUCAAGAUGGAUGAAUAUGAAGAUGUUGACCAAAUGGGUUUAGAUUUUGAUUUAAUGUUGACGAAUGCUAAGGCAUUUUACAAACGAUCCACUCCUGAGUAUAAGGACGCCUGCGACCUUUGGGAUCUUUUCGGUGAACACAAGUGCCGGUUAUUUGAUGAUGCGUCCGCGGAUGGAGAAGGGAAAGGCAAAAUAAUAUUGAAAAUGGGAAAGUUGGCACGACGCGCUGCUGCGGCAGAAGCACGGAAACCUGCAAUUGGUGGUGGAGGAGAUGAUGAGGAAACUUCGGAAUCAUCUUCAACCACGACAGAUAAAGAUCGACACGAGGAUGAGAAAGGAGAUAAUGUGUUGUUUAAUCAACUUGAGGAUUUGUUCACCGCUAUUAUCAACGCAAAAGAUGUAGAUGAUCGUCCAUUACAUACAGUGUUUCAGCUGCUUCCCUCUAGGAAGAAGUAUCCAUCGUACUAUGAAGUCACCGAAAAUCCGAUCGAUUUGAAAAUGAUAGCAAUGAAAAUACAGCAGGUUGAGUACACAUGUCUCUCAGAAAUGGAGAAGGAUCUUCUCUUAAUGGCUCGGAAUGCGUGUGCAUUCAACGAGCCUGGAUCUCAAAUAUAUAAAGAUGCAAAGACAUUGAAGAAAGUUGUGGCCUCCAAAAAGUAUGAAAUUGAACAUGGCAAGCCAGGCACCUCCACCCCGGGCAAGAGCGAACGUAUUCGAAAUCGGAGACUAAGAAGUGGAACCUCACAUUCGGCAGUGACUGCAGCAUUGCAAUAUGAAGAUGACGACGAAGAGGAGGAGGAUGAGGAAGCGGAGGAAGAAAGUGACGAUGACGAAGAACACGUAGAAGACGAGGAAGAAGAAGAGGACGAAGAAGAAGACGCUCAAGGGAACAUAGAAGAUCCAAUGUGGGCUUUGUACGAAGCUGUUUCAACAUGUGUCAACCCUGCUGGAACUCUUCUCGCCGAACCCUUCAAACGUCUCCCAUCUCGGCGCUUUUACCCAGACUACUACAAUGAAAUCAAGAAUCCUAUUUCACUGGCUCAGAUAAAAACUCGAAUUUUACGAAAUGAAUAUGUAAAUCUCACACAAGUUCAAGCGGAUUUAAACGUUAUGUUUGAAAACGCAAAAGCUUAUAAUAUUCCAGACUCUCAUUUGUACAAAUCAGCAGUAAAACUGCAAAAGCUAGUUCACAACAAAGUCCAAGAAUUGCUAGGACCCGACGGCGACGAAUCCUCGAAUGAUGAUGUAAUAAUCCCAAAACGGAGCGCUACCAAUACUCCAAUACCAACCUUAAGUUUGGAGGGAGACAUGAUCAUGGAUGUUGUCGAUGAGGAUGAACAAGGGCGUUCGAAAGUUACGAAUAUCAAGCGAUCUAGUGGAAAAUCAAAGACUAAAGAUAGUUUGGGUUCGGGAGGAGCUCAAGUGGUUGCAACCACUGUUCCUCCAUCAAAGUCAAGCCCAACCAAGGUAGAGGAAAAAAAUUUAAAAACACUGGCUUAUCGGGAACAGCUCAAAAAGCGAUUCUUGGUGCUGUACCAAGUUAUCAGCGAUUACACGGAGCCGGAUGGCCGUUCUCUAAUUUCUCCUUUCAUGGAAAAACCGUCAAGGAAAAUGUAUCCAGAUUACUACUCUGUGAUCAACGAGCCAAUCGAUAUGAUAUCUAUCAAAGCCAACAUUGAACUGGAGAAAUACAAUAGCACAGAUGAGAUUAUGAAAGAUUUUGUUUUGAUGUUCAACAAUUGCAGAAUUUACAAUGAAGAGGGGUCGCUUAUUUACGAAGACGCUAACAAACUUGAGAAAGUUUUAAGAGAACGUGCUAGACAGCUCGGAGCAGAUCCGACGAAACCAAAGCUCAAAAAAAAAAAGAAUCCACAGAUGCUUCUAAACCAAAAGAAGCUAUUAGAGACUGUGCGAGAGCACAAGGAUAAGAAUGGUCGCUUGUUGUCUGCAAUUUUCCAAAAGUUACCCUCAAAAGCUGAGUAUCCAGAAUACUACGAAAUUAUAAAGAAUCCCAUAGAUUUGGAACGGAUUGGUAACAAGCAAAGAAAUGGCACUUAUGAAACACUGGAACAAAUCUCUGGAGACUUAAUGUUAAUGUUUGACAACGCCUGCAAAUUCAACGAGCCAGAUUCUUCAAUUUACAAGGAUGCUUUGAUUCUUCAACGUUUGGUCCUUCAGACAAAAAUGAGCAUUGUAGCUGAUGAUGACGGCGUACCUGACGUUCGUGCGGCCGUGAAAGAAAUUCUCAUUUCCAUUUUUACAUCUGUGUACAACCACCAGGAUGAGGAAGGACGUUGCUUUACAGAUACAAUGGCCGAGUUGCCGGAAUAUGACGAAGCUGAUGGAACAAAAAUUCGAGCAAUUUCGUUAGACUUGAUCAAAAGUCGAUUGGAUCGGGGAUACUAUAAACGGUUGGAUUUGUUCCAACGUGACAUGUUCCUAGGUUUUGAACGUGCUCGCAAACUCUCUCGCUCAGAUUCGCAAGUAUUUGAGGAUUCAGUUGAAUUGCAAUCUUUUUUCAUAAGGACUCGUGAUGAAAUGUGCGGAGAGAAUGGAGAAAUUUUGCAAUCGCCAGCUCUUGCCUACAAACUUGCUGAUUUUGAAAGAUCCGUUGAAACACUCAGAGUGGAAAAGAAAGCUCAAGAAUUACCGCAAGAUGAGGACAUCCCCAUAGUUGAGAAAAAAGACGAAGCUGUUGAAUCUCAAAGUUCUCAGAGCGAAAGCUACAAUGAACAAACGUUCAGCAUUGGCGAUUUUGUCUACGUGACUCCCACGCCACCAGCUAUGGAUAAUUCUUCCUCUGAUGGUUCGACGGCAAGUGCUACAUCAAAAUCAACAGUUCAACCGCACAUUGCAAACAUUCAGAAACUCUGGACAGCUCCCGAUGGGAUAAAGUGGUUUGAAGGAAUAUGGUUUUAUAGACCCGACCAAACGUAUCACGUUCCUACAAGAAAAUUUUUGGAAAAGGAAGUGUUUCGAAGUGAAGUAAGAACUACAGCAAUGUUGAGCGAAAUUAUAGGAAAAUGUUGGGUAAUGACAGUCAAAGGACGGGAAUAUUUCCACUACGCUCCUGAAGGCUAUGCCGAUGAAGACGUUUAUGUUUGUGAGUACCGGUACUCUACCAAGGCUCGUAGCUUCUGCAAGUUAAAGUCGUGGGCAUUUGACUCGGACCGUGUAAAACUUAUCCCAAGACCUAAACCUUUGGAACCUGUACGUGUAGCUUCUGUCUUUAAAGAACGGUUCGAAAAGCACCGCGACGAGUUACAACAAUUAGAUGAUAGUGACAAGGCUCCUCCAGAAUUAUACCCCAACAUCGAGCUUCCGCUCGUUGUUGGAAAAGAAGGCCUUCGAUACUAUGAACAAUUUAGCCUUUCUUGUGGACCUAUCCGAAGUGGCGACUUUGUUCUAGUUCGAGUGGCAAGUUCCAGUUCGAGUGAAAAUGCAAAAAAGCUGGUAGCUCGAGUGGAUUCAAUGUGGGCCGACGCCAUAGGGACAACCUUCUUUCAUGGUCCAUGGUUUACUUCGCUUUCUGAAAUAAGUCCAGCCAAUGUUCCACAAGGAAGAGUCUUUUAUAAAAAUGAAAUUUUCCAGAGUUCUAUUGAAGAUACGAACCCGUUGUUGAGCAUUUGUGGAAAGUGCUGUGUGUUGGAUUUGGACGAGUAUAUUAAAAUGAGGCCAACUGAGGUUCCUGAAACAGAUGUAUAUGUUUGUGAAUCGUUAUAUGAUGAGGCUAGACGACAAGUAAAAAAAUUUGAAGGUCUCAAAAAAUACCAGUAUAUGGACCCUCGAGUUCAUCGAGAUGAAUUAUUCAUGUUCCGGCGACCAAUUACUUUAGCCAAAGUGGAUUUGGAUGGCUCAGUUAUCCCAGCCGGCCCAGAGAUGCCAAGACUUAAGGCAGCCAUGAAAGUUGAGCCUUUAAUGGCUGGAAUCAAGUUGGAAUUGGAUAGUUUAAUGGAUGAUUCUUUGGAGUCGCCACCUUCAAUUGGAUCAAAUUCAGAGACAACUGGUUCCGUCAUUGGAAUUCCAAUCGGCCCAAUGACUCCUUCUGGGACUACGAAGAAACAAUCUAACAAAACCGGAAAGAAGCUUGUCACAGGGUAUAUUCUGUACUCGAGUGAAGUUAGACGAGGUAUCACUGAACGGAAUUCAACCUCCAGCUUUGGAGAAAUCAGUAGAAUGGUGGGACAAGAAUGGAAGAAAUUGCCACGGUCAGAAAAACAAAAAUAUGAGGAGCGUGCAGCCAAAAUGAACGAAGAAAAAGAAGCUGCAAUAGCUAAGGGAAUAGAUCCAGGUACCAUUGGACCUGGAAGUCAAAGAUUUAAGGAAAAUGCAUCCAAACAAGCAGCAGCCGACAGUGAAUUUGUCGCUGCUGCUGCUGCCCUAAAACGAGACCCAGACUGGAUUUUUGAAUGUGUUUGGGAUGGCUGCGAGUGGCAAUUUGAAGAUGCGCUGGAUCUUAUAGAGCAUUGUGUACAAGAACCGAAAGGACAUGUUCCAUCAUUCUUCAAAGACAGUAAUGACACACAUUUUCAGUGCAAAUGGACUAACUGUGCAAGAAUCAAGAAAACAGUAAAGUCAUUUCCAACUCUGAAUCGAUUGUUGAAACACGUUCGAGAAAUACACAUUUUAAAAGGAAACGGUCGUAUUAUACAUCCAGAAAUGAGAAGCAAACUGUUUAGAGCUUCUCGUAACCCUAAGCCUCGCCCUGCGGCUGUUGCAACAAUGCAUACUCCUAGUAUCCCUCAUGGUCCAUCGGGGUUGCAACAAUCGAAUAUUGUUAUAAACGCUGGAAUGCAACAAUCUAAUGUUUUGCUCCCUGCUCCUUCACCCACUCUUGGCAGAUAUGACAUUAUUGUCAAUGAUCUUGCAGCAAUUGUUGGGGCAAGUGGUGUCGGUCAAGUGAUGCCUCAAAUGCAACCACAAGUAAUUGUACGAGCCGGUCCACCACCAGAACCAUUAUUCGUAACUGUGCCACCUAGACCUCAAAAGCUCUUGCAUUCAGAAGCCUACAUUCGAUACAUUGAGAGUCUUCAUUCAAAUAAGAAACCCGAAUGGGAUAAAACCCUCCAUGCUAGCAAGGAAACGGUCAAAACUGAUGAGGAUAAGCUGCCCUCUCAAUGGCUUGGCAAUGGGGCUGGUGCGCACACGAGUGUAACGGAUGCAUUAUGGGCUCUUCGCGAUUUUAUGAUGAGGGACUGUCUUAAUCUUAGUAAAAAUAUUCAUUUUAAAAAUUUCUAAAUGAAUUAAAAGUUUUCACAACUAGAAAAUUAACUAGUAAAGUUUUUAUGCAUAGACAUUGAAAGUUUUUUUUGUUUUAAAAAUGUUAUCUGUUUAAAUUUUUUGUACAGUUUAUAUUUAUUUGUCUGUGUGUACUAUAAUAAAUUUAUGAAUUUGAAUAAGAGAACAAA